AUUAUUGGACGACAUGGUUCCUGAAGGAUUUUGAGGGUGAAUUGGGUUAAGGAUAAAUAUUCAGCUCAUCUCCCGCCUGUCCGUAGAUUUUGCCGACUCAGUUCUCUCAACUAGACAUACAAACACCAUAAUGAGGUCUUCGAUUACUAUCAGUCUUCUCGCCCUCGCGCCGUAUAUGGCUGAUGCGGCAAAGAGCACUACCAAAUACUCUACUGAAACUGUCUUUUUACCUCAGAGAAAGACAGGAAGUGCAACGAAUAUCUAUGCCUCCCUUAUUACAGAAACUGGCUCAAAGACGGAAUAUCUUCUCGCUUGUCAGACAAACUUUGGCACUUCAUACUCCUGCGAUGGAGACUUUCACGGCAUUACUGUGACUUACGAAGAGUCAAGCAUGAACCUUGCUGUCAGCUCGACAACAUAUGAUUGCUCCCUGGGCUCAGGCUCAGCUGUGUGCGCUACUAUUACCGCAACCCAGACUGCAUCCGUGCAGUCCAGAACAAUUCCUUCGUCGGAGAGCGAACUCUGGAUGACGCCUAUCACUUUUGUUGAUCUCAAGAAGAGAAAGACCACGAGUACCAAAUCAACCUCUUCGAAAGCGACAGAGACAGCGAGCAACAAGCUUUGCAAGAGGAAGAUUCACCAUGGAAGUUCAGGGUCAGACUCUGGAGACAGUGGGAGCAGUGGGAGCAGUGGCUCUAGUGGCAGCAGUGGUGAUGACAGCAGUGGUUCUAGCAGCGGUUCCAAGAGCGGUUCUGGUUCUGCCGCCGAUGAUGAUGAUGAUAGUGAAAGUUCAUCCGCGAGCCCUACCAAAAAGAAGAGUCACGACGAUGAUGGAUGCUCAGCAGGGUCUAUUACUUCUUGGAGUUGGGGAGUUAUGGCUGUUGGAUUUGGUAGUUUCCUUGGUAUCAACAUGGUAUAAGAUGUGCCAAUGCGUUCGUUUUGUUUACUUCACUUGAACAUAUUUCUGGAAAUAACAUAUUUUCUGCAUUACCGCGGGACUUUUGAGACGAGAUACCUACAAUAGCCUGAAUGUGAUUACACUAGUAACGCAUGCCCUGUCUAGUGCAUACGCGCCCUCCAACAGGUUUUCUUAUGUAGCCAGACGCUAGAUGGAAUCUGAUGUAUUUC